GAUGGGCUCCAGCAGCUCCAGCUUGAACCGAAUCCCAAACGCACAAGAGCUCAUGCAGGAAACCGGCUUCUCCGCCGCUCACAUCCUCCGUCUCCACGAGAGGUUUGAGUUCCUGGACGUAGACCAGCGAGGAGAGCUCAGGCCUGAGGAUUUCGGAGCAAUUCGGGAGUUGUCCUCAAACCCCGUCGGAGACAGAAUCGUCGGUGCCUUUUUCUCUCCAAGAAAGGAGACUGUGGACUUUGCCUCCUUUGUUCGGAUUCUGGCUCAUUUUUGUCCCACAGAGAAAACCCGAACCAGAGACGGAGCCCAGCCGGAACCGGCCCACAGCAGGACCGGGAAACUCAAAUUUGCUUUCCAGAUGUAUGAUCAGGACCGAGAUGGAAAGAUUUCGCGAGAAGAGCUUCUUCAGGUGCUGCGGGCGAUGCUGGAGAUGCAGGUGACGGAGGAGCAGCUGCAGAGCAUCGCCGAGCGAGCCAUCCGGGAAGCAGACCUGGACCAGGAUGACGCCAUCUCCUUCGACGAGUUCAGAAAGUCACUGGAGAAAGUGGACAUCGAACACAAGAUGAGUAUCCGCUUCCUGAGAUGAAGACACAGCCGGCUGCUAUUUUGGGGAUUUAAAGGAAGACCGUCAGUCGUCUUGUCUUUCUAAAUCCUGUAAGAGGAGACACAACAUGGACACACAACAUGGAGACACAACAUGGACACACAACAUGGAGACACAACAUGGACACACAACAUGGACACACAACAUGGAGACACAACAAAGUCUGUAGUUUGUCUUUUACAUUCAGUUUACAAUAUGGAGAGAAACCAGAUCAGAGGUAUCCCGGACCAUCCAUGUGCAGCCCAGAUUCCGUAUUAACCCGAUUAUUAUAAGGCCCCCCUUCUUUUUAAGAACUCAUUUGUGGAAAAAUACUUUUUAAAGACCAAAUCUCAUUUUAAUAAAGAAGUCUGUAUGAUACUUUUUUCUUAAAGU